UUCACGUUUGGUGAUGCUGAUUGCAGAGUGGAGAGAGAAGGAGAAAAAUUAAACGUUUUAUGUUUUCCAUUUUCUCUAUAAAUUAGAACCUUUUCUCCUCUUCUCUUGUUCCUUCUUUCUUUAUUUCUCUGUUUCUCUACCCAAUCUCCCCUCCACAUUCCAUAGGUGGAGAUUUUAUUCGCAAUUAAUCCAUAAAAAAAUAGAUAAAAAAAAAUUAUAAAAAUAGAAAAUUUAAAAAAAGAGUAAAAACUAAAAAAACCAAAAAAGAUGAACAAUCCUGCUGGACCAAGCUACCCAAUGGCCUCCCUAUAUGUUGGUGAUUUAGCCCCAGAUGUUACUGAGGCUCAACUGUUUGAAAAAUUUUCGAGUGCUGGACCAGUCCUGUCUAUACGAGUGUGUCGGGAUAUGAUUACUCGACGAUCGCUUGGCUAUGCCUAUGUCAACUUCCAACAACCUCCGGAUGCUGAAAGAGCACUGGACACUAUGAAUUUUGAUGUCAUCAACGGAAAACCCAUACGUAUCAUGUGGUCUCAAAGAGAUCCUUCCCUUCGUAAAUCUGGUGUGGGAAACAUUUUCAUAAAAAAUCUUGACAAAUCCAUUGAUAAUAAGGUUAUGUACGACACAUUUUCCACUUUCGGAAACAUUUUAUCAUGUAAAGUUGCUGUUGAUGAGGAAGGCAACUCACGAGGUUAUGGUUUCGUCCAUUUUGAAAACGAAGAAUCAGCUCUAAACGCUAUUGCUAAAGUAAACUCUAUGUUGCUUAAUGGAAAAAAAGUAUUUGUCGGACGUUUCGUACCUAGAAAAGAGAGAGAAAAGAUUAUUGGUGAGAAAUCUAAAAGAUUCACCAACAUUUAUGUUAAAAACUUUGGCGAAGAAAUUGACACCGAUGAAAAAUUGAAGGACAUGUUCUCACCUUUCGGUAACGUUGUUUCUUGCAAAGUUAUGACUGACGACAAUGGCAAAGGCAAAGGAUUUGGUUUUGUCAGCUUUGAAGAACCGGAACAAGCGGAGAAGGCCGUUGAUGAUUUAAAUGGAAAAGAAUUGCCAGGGGGCAAAACACUCUAUGUUGGGCGAGCUCAAAAGAAGGCGGAGAGACAAGCUGAGCUUAAACGUAGAUUUGAACAACUCAAAAUGGAAAGACUGAAUCGGUAUCAAGGAGUAAAUCUUUAUGUAAAGAAUCUCGAUGAUACCAUUGACGAUGAACGGCUCCGAAAGGAAUUUUCACCUUUCGGUACAAUAACUAGUGCCAAGGUUAUGACUGACUCUAAUGGUAGAAGCAAAGGUUUCGGUUUCGUAUGUUUUUCUGCUCCAGAAGAAGCCACGAAGGCUGUUACCGAAAUGAACAAUCGGAUUGUCGGAUCUAAACCUCUCUAUGUAGCUUUGGCACAAAGAAAAGAUGAGAGAAAAGUUCACCUCAUUACACAACACAUGCAAAGAGUUGGUGGAGGAAUCAGAAUGCCACCAAUUCCUAAUCCAGCUUCAGCUGCAGCUGCAGCUCAUCCUCAUGCCCAUCACCCUCACCAUCAUCACCCUAACUUGGCGCCAGCUGCUGCUAUGUUCCCCAACCAUGCAGCAGCCAUGGCUUCUAUCGGAGCUCUUGGUAAUGCUGGUCCCCAAGCAGGACAUCAAGGAGCACCUCAGCCUGGUUACUACAUCCCAACCAUGGCUCCACAUCAAAUGCAACAGCGUGGCUCCUACUAUCAACCACAAGGCGGUCCCUCAGCCCCUGGACCUCAACAAGCGCGAAAUCCAAGAUGGCCUGGUGCUCAACAAAUGCCACGUGGUGCUCCACAACCUUACAAUCAAGCCUUGCGAGCUCGAGGUCCAGCUAUGGCUGCUGGUCAAGGGCCUCGACCAACACAAGUCCCAACAUCAUCUGGUCCAGCCGGAUCUAGACCUAUUACCGGAGGUGCUCAAUCUAUGCCUCAAGGUAUGGGACCUCGUGGAGCACCUCGAGGUGUACCACCAUCUUCCGUCCGGGCUGCUAAUGCUGGACAAGCUGCUAUGGGCAGCUAUAAAUUUAAUUCUCAAAUCCGUAACCCGCCACCUGUCCAAAUGGCUCCUCAGGCUAACAUGGGAGCACAACAAGUUCAACCACAAUCAGAUGUUCAAUCAGCGGUCCAUGUACAAGGACAAGAACCACUCACUGCUUCUAUGCUGGCUAACGCAUCAGAAGCUGAACAAAAACAAAUGCUGGGUGAGCGACUCUUCCCGCUAAUUCAUGAUCUUUACCCAGAGCUGGCCGGAAAGAUCACUGGUAUGCUUUUGGACAUUGACAAUUCAGAGCUACUUCACAUGUUGGAACAUCAUGAGUCAUUACGAGCUAAAGUGGAAGAAGCCGUUGCUGUUUUGCAAGCUCAUCAGGCCAAGGAGUUGGCUGCAAUAAAGAAAUAAGAGAAAUAUUAAUUGUUAAAAUCAAUUAAUAUUGAACCGAUUGAUUCAAAUUAAAGUUUGAAGAAUAACGAUGUUUACAACUUA